AGCAUUUGAAGGAGCUUGAGACCAGAGAAGAGGAGAAGCCCUUGAUUUGUGAAGUUGUACGAGUUCAUCCAGUUGCUGCUCGAGAUGUCUACCAUCAGUGAAUCAGUUCAAUAUAAACAAGCAAACCAACACGGCCGCUGGCAUACUAAGGAACUUGUUCCUCCUCCCAUGCUUUUGGUCCGUAACAAAACACAAACAACACUCUACAGUGUUUCCGAAGGAGAAGUGUACAACAAUGGUGAGUUACCAGGACUGCCUCCUCGUACCAAGUGGUGUUGUGGUUCUAGCCAUGGUUGGUUGGCCACAGUAGAUGAACUGACCAACCAAGGUGUGGUUAUAGCACUCCGAAACCCUUUCAGAAAAUCAAGCCCUAUUCGCCUCCCUCCCUUGAAAGAAGAGAUCUCGGAAGCUGUAAAACAUCGCUGCCAAAAUAUAGUCUACAGGGUUAUCUUGUCUGCAGAUCCAGCUCUGAAUCCGGAUAAUUAUAUGGUUUUAGCUCUCUACUGCACUGAUGACCAUGUGUUGGCAUUGGCUUUGUUCAAUGCAAGCCACGGGCGUUGGCAUUUCAUAGAAGCACCAUCAGAUAUUUUUGAUGCUAUAUUUUAUAAAGGCCGAGUCUAUGCAAUAGGCUAUUCGGGAGAGAUUGUGUCAGUGAAUGUUGAUAACCCAGGACAAGCAAAGCAACUUACUCCUUCGAUAUACAACCUUGCUGACUAUUGCGUGUAUCUUGUGGAGUCAACUAAGGGAGACUUAUUGACCAUUCAAAGAAGAAGAAGAAGGCAGCCCCAUGAUGCUUCCAUUGAAGAAGCAUUAUUCAUUGUUUACAAGGUAGUGUUCAACGAGGGAGAUGGAUCCAUUGAGAAGCAAGUUGAAGUAGAAGACAUCGGAGAUGAGGCUUUAUUCGUGGAUGACAUGCAUUCGAUCUCUGUUUCGACUUCAAACUAUCCUAGGGUCCGACGAAAUUCCAUAUACUACAUUAAAGAUAAUUAUUGCUUAGAAGAUCAAAACUUGGAGGACAGAAAUAUCACAAAGCAUCACGAGCUCAGGUCGCCAUUCCUUAUUGGUCUCUUCAAGUGGAUUGUUGAUUUUAUUCUGAGUCUCUGUGGUUUGCAGAGCGCAUCAAACUUGCCUGUCUUUCUGGAAUGGCAUCAGCUCCCAUUAUGAGAAAUUCUUUCGUUUUUCUGAGUUCGUAAUUAGUCGUUUCUGAAAAUUUUAUGAGUUUCAUAUGUAAGAUCAAAUAUGGACAUAACACAUAUCAUCAUAAAGUAAUUGAUGA